CCCCUGCAUUAUGACUUCUUCUCUAUAAAUUCACACCAUCUUGUUCAUAAUCCACCAUUGCAAUUGAUCUGUUUCAUUCUUCUUUCUCUGGAUUAUAUUGUGUUGGGGAUAGCAAUAAACAUGUCUUGCUGUGGAGGAAACUGUGGAUGUGGGUCAGGCUGCAGUUGUGGCAGUGGAUGCAAGGGAUGCAGCAUGUAUCCUGAUCUCACAGGUGGUGAGAAAUCUGUUGCAAAAUCAACAGUGUUAGGCCUCACUGCCUCUGAUAUGGGGUAUGUUGAUGAGGGUGUGACAGUGGCAGGAGAGAAUGGUUGCAAGUGUGGCUCCAACUGCACUUGUGACCCCUGCAACUGCAAAUGAUAGCAUCCAUUACUACUAUAUAUUUACCAUUUUCUAUACCCAUGUGAGGCUAUAAUAGGAGUGGAAACUAAAUAAUAGCUUGCAGUUGCAGGUUCCCUUGUCUUGUUUUAUCAGUGAUUUUCAUUUCUAUGGGACAAGAGUGUUUGUUCCUUACAGAGUCACUAGUAGAAAGCUUAUGAUGUGAUUACAUUCUGGUUUGAAAUACAAACUAUGGUUAUUGUAUAAACCUGUUCCUGUGGCAGGCAGUAUUAAUGGCCUAACUUUCUCCAAGGUUGAAAUAUUUACAAAAUCCACCACCAAAAUCUUAUUCACUUCAUUCUAAUUAUGAUUUGAAUAGUUAUUUUCAA